CCUCAACUUCCAUACUCCAAAAUCACUUCAGAUUUACUCCGAAUCCGUGGUGUAACUUCUGCUACAUUAAAGUACGUUAUUUUCCACUAUAAAUUGAGAAGAUAAUCCGACCAGUCAUUGCAUGCGAUUCGACUUUAUAUAAAGUUAUCAAUUUGUUACUGGAACAUGAUUUAUCUCUCCUGGACACCGACAUCAAACCUCAUGUUUUGAUUUUGUUGUCCCGACUGCAGAUGGCUAAGGGGCUAACCUUAGCUUAGCCAAAGUUUUAUUGGAAACAGGCGACCAGGCUGGCGUGUGGAACGGUCCAAAGAUGAUCCACUCAUAGCAGAAGAACACAGACACAGUGCACCAGUAAUGUCUCCCAAAGUGCCCAGUGGCCAAGCCAGAGGGGAUUUUUCUGCGGUGCAAGUAGCUGUACGAGUGCGUCCCCUACUGCCUAAAGAGCUCCUCCACUGCCAUGAGAGCUGUAUCACCGUGGACUCACAGCUGUGCCGUGUUACCUUGGGACAUGACCGACACUUUCUUUGUGACUACCUAUUUGAGGAAACCUGCUGUCAAGACGAGGUCUACUCGGUGUCUGUGCUGCCGCUUAUAGAUGCCUUCUUUCAAGGUUUCAAUGCCACGGUCUUUGCAUAUGGACAGACUGGCUCAGGCAAGACUUACACCAUUGGGGAAGCAAACAUUUGUUCCUUUAGAGACGAGGAGCACGGAAUCAUCCCCAGGGCUGUCGCAGAUAUCUUCAGGCUGCUCGAUGAAAAUGACCUCACAGACUUCUCUGUCCGAGUCUCCUAUCUGGAGGUCUACAAGGAGGAGUUCAAGGACCUCCUGGAGGUGGAAACAGCCAGUAAAGACAUCCACAUCAGGGAGGAUAAAGGCAACAUAGUUUUGUUUGGCGUAAAGGAGUGCGAGGUGGAAGGUCUUGAUGAGGUGUUGAGUUUACUGGAGUCAGGGAACACAGCCAGGCACACUGGGGCGACCCAGAUGAAUCCAAACUCCAGCAGGUCACACACCAUUUUCACUGUGUACAUGGACCAGCGCCGGGGAAGCUCUCGGCUUUAUGGGACAGCCACGAGCUCUGGACCACAAAUGUUAUCUUCCAAGUUCCACUUUGUGGACCUGGCAGGGUCAGAGCGCAUCUUAAGGACGGGGAACACUGGAGAGAGACUGAAGGAGAGCAUUCAGAUUAACAGCGGUCUACUGGCUCUGGGAAAUGUUAUUGGGGCACUCGGGGAUCCCAAGAGGAAAGGCUCUCAUAUACCAUACAGAGAUUCUAAAAUCACAAGGAUCCUGAAAGACUCUUUAGGAGGAAAUUCAAAAACACUCAUGAUUGCCUGCAUCAGCCCAUCCUCCUCGGACUUUGAUGAGAGUCUGAAUACGCUCAACUAUGCGACGAGGGCCAGAAACAUCCAGAACCGGGCGACAGUCAACUGUAAGCGUGAGCCAGAUCGGGUAGAAGGGCUGGAGCAACAAAUCAAUGCCCUCCGUAGGGCCCUGGAGAACCGCCAGCGCUCAGAGACCCGCAUCAUUUCUCACGCUGAUCCAAACAGGAGACCUCGACUGGGAGAGGGAGAGAUCAGCAGACUGCAGGCACAGAGCGCCCACUACAGGACGUGCACCGACACUGCUUACAGGUUGCUGCGGGAGCUGCAGAGUGAAGGAGCUCUGACUGCAGAACAGAGUCUGAGAGUGAAGGAGUGGCUGUGCUCGGUGGAGGAGGAACGGAGCGGACUGACAACAGCCUCAGGACCCGACAGCGGCAUCGAGAACAGCUCUACCGAGGACAGCGUCGCUUUAAGGAGAGGGAGGCCUUCUGUGAGAAACCAGGAUCCAGAGGCUGCGGAGGAAAGGUGGAGCCAUGUGCAUGUCAGUGAGAAAGAUGGAGACAAAGAGGAUAGUAGUGUCCAGCUUCAAGCACAGAUCCAGCGAUUGGAGAGAGAGAACACAGACUUCUUGGCUGCCCUUGAAGAUGCUAUGGAGCAAUACAAGCAGCAGAGUGAUAAGCUGCAAGAGCAACAGGACUUGAUAGCAGAGCUGCAGUGUCAUGUGUCUGCUCCGGGAAUGAUGGGCCUUGGGCUCAACUUGAGACUGAGACCACACACAGCACCCAUGGGCUCCAUGCAACACAGUCAGAAUGGAGGCACACACAGACAGGUCAGUCCUGUUGGCUAUCUUGGGCCUUGCGAUCAGAAUGGAGGCUUCUAUGAGGAGCAGGGCGUCCUUGGAGGAGCAGAAACACAGGACAGAGAAGAAGAGGGAGGUCAUUUAAAUCUCAGCCGGGAGAGGCGCAGGCAGGACAACCUGACUUGGAGCAGGAGGGACAUGAUGUCAGGAGGACUAACAGCUUCUGGUAGAGGCCUCAUGUCUCAUCUGCCUGAUCUAGAGCAGCACCCCUGCUUAGCCAGGAAAGCAUCCAAUGCCAGCACCUGUGAAACAUCCGUGCGGGAAAGUCUGAAAAGUUUUGAAGGUGUUACUGAGUGGGGACUUCAUCAGGCACAGCAGAAGAUCAGGGAGCUGUCGGUCACUAUCCGCAUGAAGGAAGAACUCAUCAAAGAGCUAGUCAAAACAGGGAAAGAUGCUCAGGCCCUAAACAAGCAGUACAGCCAUAAGAUCACGGCUCUGGAGAGUGAAGCGUCACAGGCUCGACAGGAGCUACAGGAAGCCCAGCGGCAGCUGCAGGAUCUGGAGAGGCAAGAGAGAGAGAUCAGCGCCUCGGACAAGACCAGAGCACAGGAGUGUCGCAGGAAGAUUGCUGCUGCUCAGAGCAAAGUUCAGGUUCUUAGUCAGCGUCAGAGGGACACCGCUCGUCUGGCUAACCUUCCAGCGCAGAGUGAACGUCGUGUGUUGGAGCUGGAGAGAAGUGUUCAGAGUAUGAGGCAGCAGCAGGAGCAGCUGCAGAGGCGUCUGCGGCAGGAGAGCCAGCAGAAGCGUCGUCUGGAGACAGAGAUGCAGCGUAGAACUCACAGAGUCAAGGAACUGGAGAUAAAGAAUGAGCAGCAGCAAAAGAUCCUGAAAAUAAAGACGGAGGAGAUUGCUGCCUUCCAGAGGCAAAGACGCAGCGGCAGUAACGGUUCUGUCAUCUCAUUGGAAGAGCAACAGAAGAUUGAGGAGCAGAAACGUUGGCUUGAUGAGGAAAUGGAGCGGGUGCUGGAGCAGAGGAAAGGGCUGGAAGAUCUGGAAGGAGAGCUGACUAAACGAGAGGAAAUACUGGCCAAGAAAGAAGCCCUGCUACAGGAACGCAGCGGACUGGAGACCAAGAGGCUACGCUCCAGUCAGGCCCUGAGUAAAGACCUGGUGAUGCUGACAGGACGUAUAGAGUCACUUGAGCAAGAGCUCAGUGAGAGGAACGGUCUGCUGCGCAGCGGCAGUGCUCAAGACUCACAACAGAUUCGCCAGGAGAUCUCCAACCUGCGUCAGGAGAAAGAUUCCCUGCUGAAACAGAGAGUGGAGCUGGACGAUAAGCUGCGGCAGGGAAACCUGCUCUCACCUGAGGAGGAGCGAACACUUUUCCAAUUCGACGAGGCGAUCGAGGCUCUUGAUGCGGCCAUCGAGUACAAGAAUGAGGCCAUCACUCAGAGACAGAGACAGCUGAGAGCUUCUGCCAGUAUGCUCUCUCAGUGGGAGAUGAACCUAAUGGCUAAACUCAGUUACUUGUCUGCCUCUGAGACCAGAGCUCUGCUGUGCAAGUACUUUGACAAGGUGGUGUCUCUGCGUGAGGAAGAACGGAAGCUACAGCUCGCUCUGGCUGAGCUGGAGAUGCAGCUGGAUGAGCAGCAGAAGCUGGUGCAGUGGUUGGAGAACGCCCUUGAUCGCACACAACUCGACACAGAUCGCCGGCUCACACAACAGCAGAGGGAACAUGAGAGGAGCGUUCAGCUCUUACUGCAGCAGUGUAGAGAGCAAAUUGACGAGGGUCUGGCAGGAAGGCAGCGGCAGUUUGAGGUGUGGAUUCGUAACCUCAGUAAGGAGCUGAACCACUACAAGGCAGCAAAUCUGGAGCUAAGCAACAGACUGAGGGAGGUCUGUGGUUCAGCCAGCCAGCUGAAGGAGCAGACUAAAGUUGCAUCUGAAGAUAAACCAGCAGGGAUCAGCAGCAUGGAGAAGCUGACCCGCUGCUCUGAGGACAGCCUUGGAGGAGGGAGGAGGUCAGGGACGCCUGACAAACCUCCCAGAUCCAGGGAGGAAAUGCGUGAACUAGUGAACACCCCUCUCCCAUCCACAUGGAGACGCUCCUCUCUGCCAACAGAGGAACCUGCUGUCAUGGAGGAGCUGUGGCUUCAAGCAGCAGGUGAUGUUCAUGUAAACCGUGUAGUUCAAACUGGGGGGUCCUACGGUGGGACGACGUCACUGCCUGCUGUGAAGUCUCGACGUGAGUCCCGCCGCUCCAGCCUCAACGUCGGACCACUGACUUCAAACACUGCCCUGAUUGAUGUGCGGAAGAACCCUGUGUGAAAGUACAAUUGUUAUUUUACUUUGAAGCGUUCACUCAAGUUUUUUUUCUCCACUUUUAGCUUGUUUUUGUUACUUGUAUAUAAUGUUUUUUAUGGAAAAAAAGGACACCCACGGAUUUUUACAUGAAGCACUUUUAAUUAGGUCAGGUUUAUUUGUCCAUUUCAAACAGUAUUCAGUCGGUAUGGUGUUACCCACCAAGACAGACAUCAAUACAAAAUGAGGUUCUCUAGCUCUCUAAUCAUGUAGUGUUUUACCUUCUACAGUGUUUUUUUAUUAAAAAGAAUUGUUUCAUUUCAUAUUCAUCCGACUUGUGUUGCUGUUAAUAUUCAAGUAGAGGUGGUUUUUCAGAAAACGCUUGAAUUUCUUUAACAACUCGUGAGGCAAUAAAAAGGAAAUGAUUUUC